CUUAUUUAUAACUCAAGAUCCAUUUACUUCCUUCCUUCCUUCCAACUAAAUAGCGACGCGAUUCACUCGGUCUCUUCCAUCCCUUCCUCCUAUAUCGUUGCUUAACCAUCUCUCUCCUCUCUCUCUCUCUCUCUGCCGGUCCGAACCCCAGAAGAAGCCAAGCCACACCAGUCGCAUCGCCAUCUCCAACUUCACUCCGAUUCUGUUGGAUUUACUCUGUAAUCAUGUCGAGGAAGAUGCUAAUUGAUGGUGAGGUGAACCAACCUAAUGAACAAGAGGCCCACUACGACUUCGACUUGUUUGUUAUUGGGGCCGGAAGCGGUGGUGUCCGUGCCUCCAGAAUUUCAGCUAAUUUUGGAGCUAAGGUUGGGAUAUGCGAGCUUCCAUUUCAUCCUGUCAGCUCAGAAGUAAUUGGAGGAGUGGGUGGAACAUGUGUCAUUCGUGGUUGUGUUCCCAAAAAGAUUUUGGUGUAUGGAGCGUCUUUUGGUGGUGAAAUUGAGGAUGCCAGGAAUUAUGGGUGGGAAGUGAAUGAGAAAGUUGAUUUCAACUGGAAGAAACUUUUGCAGAAGAAGACGGAUGAAAUAAUUCGAUUAAAUGGAGUAUACAAGCGCCUAUUGUCAAAUUCUGGGGUUAAAUUGUUUGAAGGAGAGGGCAAGAUAGUUGGUCCUAAUGAUGUCGAGGUGACACAGUUGGAUGGCACUAAAUUGAGCUAUUCUGCGAAACACAUAUUGAUUGCAACUGGCAGCAGGGCUCAACGACCUGCUAUUCCUGGUCAGGAAUUGGGUAUAUCAUCUGAUGAAGCAUUGAGUUUGGAGGAGUUACCUAAACGUGCUGUGGUGCUCGGGGCUGGGUACAUUGCUGUUGAGUUUGCUUCAAUAUGGCGUGGGAUGGGUGCUUCUGUGGAUCUAUUCUUCAGAAAGGAACUUCCAUUGAGAGGUUUUGAUGAUGAAUUGAGGGCAGUGGUGGCACGGAAUCUGGAAGGAAGGGGAAUUGAUCUACACCCGCAGACAAAUUUGACAGAGCUAGUAAAAACAGAGGAUGGCAUAAAAGUUCGCACAGAUCAUGGGGAAGAGCUGAUAGCAGAUGUUGUACUGUUUGCCACUGGUCGGUCUCCCAAUACAAAGAGGUUGAAUUUGGAAGCUGUAGGCGUGGAACUUGAUAAAACAGGAGCUAUAAAGGUGGAUGAGUAUUCACGUACCAAUGUACCUAACAUCUGGGCUGUUGGCGAUGUUACAAACCGAGUAAACCUUACCCCUGUGGCUCUAAUGGAGGGAACAUGCUUUGCAAAAACUGUUUUUGGUGGGGAACCUAGCAAACCAGAUUACCGCGAUAUACCCUGUGCAGUGUUUUGCAUACCACCUCUUUCUGUUGUGGGCCUUAGUGAAGAGCAGGCAAUAGAACAAGCCAAGGGUGAUAUAUUGGUUUUCACAUCAACUUUCAACCCAAUGAAGAACACUGUAUCUGGACGACAAGAAAAGACAGUUAUGAAGCUUAUUGUUGAUGCUGAGACGGAUAAAGUCAUUGGGGCAUCCAUGUGUGGGCCAGAUGCUGCUGAGAUUAUGCAGGGAAUCGCUAUUGCAUUGAAGUGCGGAGCAACCAAGGCACAAUUUGACAGUACGGUGGGAAUUCACCCUUCCUCAGCAGAGGAGUUUGUGACAAUGCGUUCAGCGACAAGGCGUAUUGCUGCAGGUACCAAACCAAAGACAAAUCUGUAGGAUGCGAACAAUGGACGGAAAGAAUAGUUACAAGGUCUGGAGGAGACGGUGUUUUGCUUUUACCAGAGGAAACUUAGGUAUAUUUGGGAAAUUGAAAUUGGUCGAAUUUCGUCAGAAUAAAGGCUUCUUCGAACGCAUAUCUGAUUAGGGCCGUAUAGGUUCUCUGAUGACUUAUGAAGAUACAAAACUGUUGUAUUCAAACACAUACACUGCUUUGAUCCAACAUUUGAUAUCUAUGAUUUUGUUGCUGUGUUUUACA